UAUGGAUACCAAUAAAAUCCCGCAAUCGUAACAAAUACAUAAUCAAAUGUUUGGCAUUGAAAUGGUGCAAUAUUUUUUAUUAUAUGUGUGUAUAAUUUUUAUUCAAGCUACCACGGCAAAGGUAGAUCCAAAAAGCGUAAAUCUGGAACUUGAAACAUCUUUACAGUUCGAUCCAAAACAUGAAUCAAAUCAUAGUAUUACGGAUAUUAAAAACUUUCUUAAUCGACUACAAAAUCUUUUGAACCCUAUCAAGGCUAUGCUCGAACCAAAUAAUAAUAAAAUGAGUGUUGUUAUCGAAAACUUGGCAAGGAGAGUAAAUCAUUUUGACGAUAAAGAUUUUGAUAAAAUAACCAGAGUGUUUCUUAAAGAAGUGGAUGAACAUAUUAAUAAUAAUAUACCACUUUCAAGUUUAUUAGGUGAUAAGUAUAGCUCAGUUAUUAAAUAUAUACAUGAGAAUCCAAAAAUUUUGAGAAUACAUACAAGAAAAUCGGCUGAUAACAAAAACUACAAGGCAAUUAAAGUGUUACUAUCAAAAUUGGACAAAUAUUAUGAUAAAAAUGAUGUAGAGAAAUUGAAUAAAAUAGUUCGUAAACUUGAAAACGUUCCAAAAACUAAUGAAGAAAUAAGGAAGUUAGUGAAAAACGCAUUAAAUAUUGUUGUAUUUGAUAAAUAUAAGAAUUUAAAUAACACACUUAAAAGUAAGCUUUUUGAAGAACUUCUAUCGAUACAACGCUAUCUUAAAUCUAAAAUGAAUAAAGACCGUGUAAAUGAAGCUGAUAUUGGCGAUAUUUCAAAAUAUUAUGAUAAUGAUAAUCAUGAUAAGAUUCAGAACGAAGAUAAUACUAUUGAAGAUAAAAAUAAUGUGAGAAAAACGAACGAUGAUGAAAUAAUAUUGGAUAAAAAUAUUGAAAUAUUAUUCGAAAACGAUGAUUUUAAAUCGGAAUAAUGAAUAAACAGUAAACAUUUUAAUAAAUAAAUGUUUGCUUUAUUGUAACUGAUAA